CUCUUUUCGCUGCUAUUCUUCUUCUCACAAUCUUGCUUCCGUUUUCAAAUAUCACGGACUUCUUCCAUCCAUCACGAUUCACGGACCUUCCCCAUUUCAACAUCCCAUCACCAGCCGCCGGUGACCCGUUCAUGCUCCGAUCAGCUCAGGUGAUAAAGUGGAUGUGGAUCAAGAAGCUGAAAUAAUUGGUUAAAAGGAAACACAAGCACACAAAGCUAGUAGAUGGAGCCAGAAGAGAAUUUCAACUGUCACAAUGAUGGGAACGAUAUCGAAAACGAGGGAUUGGUCGACGGCAAGGACAUUGACAGAUGUUGGUCAGAUAAAAACAUUGCAUACAGGGAGCCACUGCUGAGAAAGAGGACGAAUACCACCUCCCAAAUCGCCAUUGUUGGUGCUAAUGUUUGCCCCAUUGAGAGCCUUGACUAUGAGAUAAUUGAAAACAAGUUAUUUACGCAGGACUGGAGAUCAAGGAAAAAGGUGCAGAUAUUUCAGUAUAUUGUGCUCAAGUGGGCAUUUGCCCUUAUUAUAGGGCUGGUUACUGGACUUGUGGGUGUCUUCAAUAAUAUAGCGGUUGAGAAUAUAGCUGGUUACAAGCUGCUUUUGACCACUGAUCUUAUGUUGAAACAGAAAUACUUUAAAGCUUUUGUUGCAUAUGCUGGUUUGAACUUAGGAUUGGCAACUGCUGCUGGUGCUCUUUGUGCUUUCAUUGCUCCAGCAGCUGCAGGAUCUGGAAUUCCUGAGGUCAAAGCAUAUCUCAAUGGUAUUGAUGCUUAUACUAUAUUAGCUCCGAGUACUCUCUUUGUAAAGAUCUUUGGUUCUGUUCUUGGUGUUUCUGCUGGAUUUGUGGUGGGCAAAGAAGGGCCAAUGGUACACACGGGUGCAUGUAUUGCCUCUUUACUUGGUCAGGGGGGUUCUCGCAAGUAUCAUUUGACUUGGACAUGGCUAAGAUACUUCAAAAAUGAUAGAGACAGGCGAGACUUGAUCACCUGUGGGGCUGCUGCUGGUGUGGCUGCUGCUUUUCGUGCACCAGUUGGUGGUGUUCUCUUUGCACUUGAAGAAGCGGCAUCUUGGUGGCGUAGUGCUCUUCUAUGGAGGACCUUUUUCACAACAGCAAUUGUUGCUAUUGUUUUGAGAGCUUUUGUAGAAUACUGCUCUACUGGAGAUUGUGGUCUAUUUGGGAAAGGAGGUCUGAUAAUGUAUGAUGUCAGCUCAGCAGCGGUAUCAUAUAGUGCUGCAGAUGUACUAGCAGUACUACUACUAGGAGUUAUUGGGGGUAUUUUCGGGAGCUUGUACAACUAUCUUGUGGACAAGGUGCUUCGUGCUUACAGCAUCAUUAAUGAAAGGGGUGCUGCUUUCAAGAUACUACUUGUGAUAACCGUCUCCCUCUUGACAUCGUUUUGCUCCUUUGGUCUUCCGUGGGUUGUGAAGUGCAGUGCUUGCCCUACUAAUUUGACCGUUGAGUGCCCCACAACUGAUGGAAACUUCAAGAGCUUCCAGUGCCCAUCAGGCUACUACAAUGAUCUUGCCUCCUUGUUCUUGAACACUAAUGACGAUGCCAUUCGUAAUCUAUUCAGCACAAGCACCGAGAAAGAAUUCCAUAUCUCCACACUCUUUGUCUUCUUUGCUGCUGUCUAUUGCCUUGGCAUUAUCACUUAUGGCAUUGCUAUCCCUUCUGGCCUAUUCAUCCCAGUCAUAUUAGCUGGUGCUUGCUAUGGUCGCCUAGUUGGGAGACUCUUUGCAUCCGUCACUAAACUAGACAUGGGUCUAUUCGCACUCCUCGGAGCUGCCUCCUUUCUUGGUGGGACGAUGAGAAUGACAGUUUCUCUUUGUGUUAUACUUCUUGAACUUACUAAUGACCUACUAUUGCUUCCUCUUGUGAUGCUGGUUCUCCUUGUCUCAAAAACUGUUGCUGAUAGCUUCAAUAAGGGCGUGUAUGACCAAAUAGUGGAACUAAAGGGUUUUCCAUUUAUGGAGGCGUAUGCAGAACCUUACAUGAGGAAUUUGAUUGCAGGGGAUGUUGUUUCCGGCCCACUGGUCUCUUUUUCAGGCAUUGAGAAAGUAGAAAUGAUAGUACAUGCUCUUAGGACUACAGGGCAUAACGGGUUUCCUGUGAUUGAUGAGCCACCUUUCUCAGAUGCUCCAGAAUUGUGUGGGCUUGUUUUGAGAUCUCAUUUGCUUGUUUUGCUGAAGGGAAAAUAUUUCUCAAGGGAUAGGGUGCUUGCUGGUGAUGAAAUCUUUCAAAGAUUUUCUGCAUUUGAUUUUGCCAAGGCAGGAUCAGGGAAAGGGCUCAAGUUUGAGGAUCUGGAUAUUAAUGAGGAAGAGAUGGAGAUGUAUGUUGAUCUCCAUCCUAUUAUUAACUCAUCACCAUACACAGUGGUUGAGACAAUGUCACUGGCUAAAGCUGCAAUUCUCUUUCGCCAGAUAGGUCUCAGGCACAUGUGCGUUGUACCAAAGGCUCAAGGGAGGCCUCCGAUUGUGGGAAUUUUGACGCGUCACGACUUUAUGCCAGAGCAUGUACUGGGACUAUACCCUCACCUCAAACCAUACAAAUAGUGUUGAUGAGCAUACAAAAGUGUUUCACGGAUUUCAGUUGUGUGUUGUGUGUCACCAUAUUCAUUCUUAUUUAUAGUAUAUAUUGUAAACAGGAGAUGGAAUUGGAAACCCAGAAAACUAGGGUUAUUUUCUUAUAGAAUAAACUGAUUACAACGUGA